AUCAGACCCCGCAAAGCAAGGAACCGAAUACAUCUCCAUUUUCAUCGCCACAAGUCCCAUUUCAUCAUCAUCAUCUUCUUCUUCUGCAAAUUUCAUGAAAGAUGGCACUGCAGCGAAUCGAUCUCGUUUUCCCGGCCAAUAUCUAACGCGUAAAAAUAAUUGGUUUAUUUGAGGCUUUUGGUUUUCGGUUCGGAGAUGUCGAAUCCUCGGGUCACAAUUACUCUCGGUCGCACUGGUCAGGUUGUGGAGAGAGGAGGAACAGAAUCGGAUUUUUCUCCUAGUUAUAAUGGGAUGGUUGCGGGAAGUAAACGAUCGACAAGAGAGAUGAAAGGGAUUGGUUCUGAUGGUAAUGGUCUUGUAUUGUCUUCCAACAAACGGCAACGUGGUGAUGGUAUUAAAUAUAGUCCUGGUGGCAACACGCAACAAGAUUACUGGCUCAGUCGAAAUGACCUCAGGUUAAAAUUAAUGCGCAAGAGGCUACCUAAACAAAAAGAGGGUGGGAGGGAUCUUCAUGCAAAGAUUUCAAACCCUGUUCGAAUGCCGCUGAGUCAUCACACACCACAAUACAAAUCCGAAGCAAAUGGAAGCACCAUUUUCAGGAAAAUACCCGCCAGAGAAAGUGCAGAUGAUUUACUCUUGGUGGAUUCACUAAGAAAUUCUUACUCUUCUCGGACCACAAAUGGAUUACAGGGUAGAUCCCCAGAUAGAAGUUUGAGAACUUCUUUGGGGCUCUCACCUCCAAGAAACGUGGAGGAACUAUGGAAAGUACCAACAGUUAGGAUAGCUGAUGCUUCAAGGGCUGGACGGUUUCCAAGUGGUGGUGUUGUUACUGCUUCUCGGCCACUGGGCUCCAUACCUGUCACAAUGAAAGCUCCCCCUGGAACUACCAAGGUAGUUUCACAAUUUGCAUCAGGUGGUGGCAGCAUGCAGCAAAGUUCCCAUAUGAUGGAUGAACCGCGUACUGUUGCUGGUUUGUUGCAUGCACUUGGCUUGGGGAAAUAUGCUAUUCUUUUCCAGGCUGAAGAAGUGGACAUGACUGCGUUGAGGCAGAUGGGAGACAAGGACCUGAAGGACUUGGGGCUACCAAUGGGACCGAGGAAAAAAAUUCUUGCCCUCGUAGCGUCUCGUCCGAAAUGACAACCACCAUAAUGACCGAAUUUGAAUGGCUAGUUCGCUACAUUGUAAAAUUUUCAUUAUGUUGAUACUUUCGUUUAGAAAAUGCGAAAAUAUAUAGCGCAGUGAAUCUAGUCGUGUGGAUUAGAUAGUGAGAUUUAGGUUGAGAUGGUUGGUCUUGUGUUGUAUCACUCAACAAAUUCUACUAUUUAAUGAACUUGAUUGGAAAGUUAAUUGCAAAUUAAAAUGAUUUAUUUAAUUCGAAAACACAAAUGCUUAUUGUUGAUAUUGAAACAAUCAUAAGAAGUACUUUCUCAAUUCCUUUGAUAUAUAAUCAAGAUGUCAGUUCCUAUCUAA